AUGGGGUACUUGACCGAGGUAGACAGCCCUGGUUUUCUGGAAAUCGUCAGUGGUCCGGGGCCAUUAAACGCGUUAUAUGUAUAUUGCAAUUUGAUCUCGUAGUGCUUGGUUGGAGAGUAAUUUACACGAAUUCCUGGGCAUUCGGGUCUCUGCAGGUGGGCCACUAGAGUAUCUUUUCACGUUUGUUUUCUUCAGUGUCGCAGCAAUUACUUUAUCGUUUCAUUAUUUGCUAAACAUUCAAGACCUGUCACACCGAACAUCUUAGAAAAACAAUCUUUGCUAACAUUAUUCCGCUGACUUUAGCUACGUAUGUAAUUGAAAUUUUUCUACUCCAUCCGUUCGUUUCUUUCGUUCUAUGAUCGAUUGAUCAUUGAUCUCAAUAUCGGGACAAAAGUUUCACUUGUAUUCUAUCAAUAAUCAUUUUUUUUAAUCCAGUUUUUUUUUAUUUAAUCUGCUCAGUCGAGAUCAUUUAAUCACUUUUAUAGGAGACUUAAAUGUACGUGAGUUUUUAAAAGGUGAUGCAGGGCAUAAUGCCAGUUAAAACAAAAUCUCGAAUUCCUGAAAAUAUGGGUAUCACAGGUGGAUUGGUAGAUGCUAGGGAUAAACAAGUAUUAAAAGAAGCUGUGGAAGCUGUUGUCAACAGCUUUGCUAAGCAUACUCAAGGCUAUGGAAGAGUAAAUGUAGUAGAAGCUUUGCAAGAGUUUUGGCAAAUGAAACAAAGUAGAGGAACUGAGUUAAGAAAUGGAGCAUUAGUUAUUUAUGAAUCUGUACCUGGCACCAGCCCACCUUACGUGUGUUAUGUAACUCUUCCUGGAGGAUCUUGCUUUGGUAGUUUUCAAAACUGUCCCACCAAAGCAGAGGCCCGUAGAUCAGCAGCAAAAAUUGCUUUGAUGAACUCUGUUUUCAAUGAACAUCCAGCACGUAAAAUAACAGAUGAUUUUAUAGAAAAAGCUGUUGCAGAAGCAAGAGCUAGCUUUGCCAAGCCCUCUGCAACUUCCAACACUAAUCAAACACAGGGAAGUGGAGAUGAGAAAGAAGAUCCAAAUACAGGUAUAGGAGCAUUUCGUUUUAUGUUAGAAUGUAAUCGUGGGAGGACUAUGUUAGAAUUUCAAGAAUUAAUGACAGUCUUUCAAUUACUUCAUUGGAAUGGAUCUUUGAAAGCAAUGAGAGAAAGACAAUGUAGCAGACAAGAAGUAGUUGCUCAUUAUAGUCAUCGAGCUUUAGAUGAUGAUAUGCGUAGUCAAAUGGCAUUGGAUUGGGUAGCAAGAGAACAUGAAAGCGGUGGCGGCGUUGUUGCUAUGGAAUUAGCAUUGGCUGAAAGAGAACUCGAAGCAGCACGUCUAGCUGGAAGAGAACUUAGAUUUCCUAAAGAAAAAAAAGAUAUAUUAAUGCUUGCACAUGCUCAAGAGCAAUGAAUCUAUAUUCGUUAUUCAAAACUAGCUGUCAAACAAUAAAAUGUGCAAGUCUAAGAUUAUUAUCAGCAGAACAAUUCACAAAAGUUAUAAAUCGUAAUAUGCAUCAUUUAUGUGAUAAACAAUAUUCAAAUAAUUUAUCAAAUGUACAUAAGAGCAAAAUUAGUUCAAUAUUACUACAACCAUUACUACCAAUCUAUAAUAUUGUAUGUGGUUUGAAAAUGAAAACUGUACUAAGACGAAGGUGUAAAGAUUGUUUAUUAAUGUGGAGGAAUGAUAGGGCAUAUAUAAAAUGUAAGGCAAAACCAAGGCACAAUCAAGUAGAAAGAAAGAAAAAGGAGUAUAAAACAUGGAGGCUAACAUAUGCUACACAAACUAAAGUAAGAGAGUGGUAGAGAAUUAUACAAAAUAGAUAUUACUAGAAUUGUAUUUUAAAAUAAAAUUAUUCUACGAUAAAAAUGUAUAUUUAUUUUAUAUUCCUUAUAAUAUAAUAAAUUGACAUACACAUUUUUAUAUGUUCAUGAUAUUUUUUAUAUCAAUAAUAAACUUUAGCAAUAAGAAGCAAAAAUUUUACUCAAUUGCUUAUAUAGCUAUACAUUAUUCUAAAAUAUGUAUUUAACAUCUAUAUAUGCUGAAAACAAUAUUAUUACUUUUCACUUUUUUCUUUGUAUUAUGCUACGUUUAUUAGUUUAAAAACAUAUUUUACUAUAAGGAGGACAGAAAAAAGUACAGAUAUUGUGCAGUGUUGUAUAUAGAUAAUUUAUUAUAACAGCACAGAUGAGGUAUAUGUUUCGAGAAUUAUUUAUUGAAUUAAAUAUGAUGGUAUCAUGGAUCAUCAAUGAAAGAAUAUAAUAAUUUAAAACAGUAAUGGAAAUUGGAAUGAAAAAUUUAUUAUAUAUUUAAUUAUUUACAUCUAUUUAAAAGUAUUAGAAAAAACUGAUUGAAAUAUAUUUUUUAAUAACAUAAUUAGAUAUGAAUUAGAUAUUAGACAUGACAUUUUUUACUUAUUUUAAUGUGCUUCACAAACUGAAUGAAUCCUGCAAUCUCGAUUUUAUAAAAGCUUGGACGUAUCAAAGAAAUGUUUUUAUAUUGUUUGGUAUAAAGUUAUAGUGUGUGGUAUAAAUUAUUUUUUGCCAUUUUCGAAAUUUUGAAGUCAAAUUCAUUUUCUUAAAUGAGAUAGUUAUUUCUUAAGACGAAUUCAGUGAUUCACAUACGAGGUCAUAUAUUAUUAUAACUCGUUAAAAAUUAAUGAAUUAUUGUUUAAAGUUUAGUAAAAUAGCGAAAAAAAUCGUACAACUAGUUUAAGAGCUGACUCUAAAGGGGAAAUUUCAAUUUUCAAGAUAAUAAUUUAUCUGAUCAUGAUGGAAAAAUUUCUCUUUAGCAAGACAUUUCAGUUUUUAUAAUAUUCGAAAAUUAUUCACUUUUAUAUUUGCUGCACAAUGUAAAAAUAAAUAGCUUUGAAAGAAAUAAAUUCAGGAUUAUUAAAAUAAAGACUGCGGUUUAAAAUAAAAUCAAAUUAAUUGUCCUACCAUUUUUUGCACGAAAUUAUAACAGUUUUAAGUAUUGAUGAUUUUUUAUCUAAUGUAUGAGAAUUUUUUAAGAAUUUUUCAUGAAUUUUGUGUAUUUGAUUUAGAUUUUUAUUUUUUGUUCCGAGUUAACAUUUCGUACGAAACGCGCGCAUAUUGGGUUUAAAUUAGUUAAAGCGCCAACGGUGAAACAUGGAAUACAUUUCCUACGAUUCUCGACCAUAUUCGAUAGGAUCGAUUUUUAGCGGGAAGCAUGGCGGAAAGGAGUACAUCUCGUCUGUAAAGGAGAAAAUAUUAUCCAGAAAAAUCAUCCAGGAAGAGGUGUCAUUCAUAAGUUCUUAAGUAAAAAUUUAAAUCAAUAGCUGUUAAAUUUAUGUUUGUGUCGUGAAUUUUUGAGGUAAAACUUGCACUUUGGGUGCACAACUUAAACUCAUUGUAAUCUGCCAGAUUACCAAAAACAGAGCAUAAUUUUUAGUUCCCUAAAGUAAAAUUUAACUAAAUAAUUAUUACACAUGAUUUUCAACAAUUAAAGAAGUAAUAUAUGAGCAUUUAAACAGAACAUACUAUACUAGAAUUAUUUAUAAUUUUAUACUAAAAUUUAAUUUCAGUCUAACCACUACAAAUAUUGUGACCUUGUAAUAUGACUAAUAUAUUAUUAUAUAUAUAAUAUGCUUCUACUUCUAUUGUAAUAUUUUCUAUUCAUUUGUUUAUUCUUUAAUUUUAUAUAGUACAUAAUUCUUGAUAAUUUCAAUAAUAAUUUUGAUAAAUUCAACAAUAAUUUAUAAAAGAUGUAGAUAUUAAUGACUGAAAUAAUAAUUCCAUUGUGUAAUAUAAUAAAAUUUCUCAUGUCUCAGUUUAAAAUAUUGAUAAUUUUUCAUCAAGUAUGUGAAUAUUUUCGUUUUUUAAAAGAAUUUCUUAUAAAUUUUAUAUAUUUAAUUUAGACCAGAGUUUUUUAUUUUUUAUUCCAAGUUAUUAUUUCGUGCGAAAUUGUGCGAUUACAGCGCCAACGGUGAAAUACGGAAUAUACUUCCUAUGAUUCUCGACCAUAAUCGAUAGGAUCGAUUUUUAAGCGGGAAACAUGGCGGAAAGGAGCACAUCUCGUCUGUAAAGGAGAAAAUAUCCAUAAGUAUUAUCCAAAAAGAAGUCAUCCAGAAAUUCUCAGGUAUAUAAAUAUAAAUCAAUAACUUUGUGUUUGUGUUAUGAAUUUGAGAUGAAAGAUGAAACUUGCAUUUUUAGCUUGAACUAAUCGAAAUUUGUAAGAUUAUCAAAAACAAUGUAUAAUUUUUAGUUUCCUAAAGUAAAAUGUAACCAAAUAAUUUCACAUGAUUUUCAAUAAUUAAAGAAAUAAUGGUAUAUGAGCAUUUAAACAUAGCAUGCUAGAAGUUAUUUAUAACUUUAUACCAAAAUUUAAUUUAAUUCUAACCAGUAGAAAUAUUGUAACUUUGUAUUUGACUAACUCAUUGUUAUAUAUACAUACACAUAUUUUAUUAUAUGCUUUUACACACACACUUCUAUUAUAACAUCUUCUACUCAUUUGUCGAUUCUUUAACUUCGCAUUGCAUAAUUUUUAACAAUUUUAUAAUACUAAAUUCAAGAAUAGUUUAUUAAGAAUGUACGUAUUUAAUAGUUAAAAUAAUAAUUCUACGUAAUAUAAUAAAAUUUUUCAUUUCCUAAACGAUUUUUCUUCCAUUUCACUCUUAUGGUUAUGUUUCAUUUUUACAUAUUUGUUUUCAUUUAAGCAUAUGCGUUCUAACUUCUAGUUUUUUCUUUUUAUACAGGUUAUUCCUUGGUUGCAAAAGUAGCAUGGAAUGCAUAGAUGCCACAAUUAUUAAUGAACAAUCUGAUGAACUUUUACAGAAAGUUGAUAACAUUUUAUUCAUUCUACAUAUAAAUGUAUCAUUUGUAUAAUAGUAACAUUGUAGUAACAUUUGCUAUAUAAUUUAUAUAUAUUUGAAAUACAACUCACAAUACGUGAUUUCGUAAUUAUAUGGGAUAAAAGGAUGGAAAUGAUAAGGAUUAAAUCAAUUAAUCUAUUUGGAAUGUAGAGAUCCUAGUUGUUUAAUGGUAUAUACUUUCAAAUGGAUAUAUAUUCUUGUAUUAGAUUAUUAAAUUCGUUUUUGUACUUUACUAUACCAUACUUUGUUGCAAUAUACUUACUUUUUCCGUGAUGACAUUUGCUGACGUUUCAAAUUAAACGAUUCAGGGCAAGAUUUUACACGUGUAUGAUUCUUUAAAUACAUUUAGCUGUGAAAUUUUGAUUUGUGCAAACAUUUCCGAAUAUUUAUAAAGUACGACGUAAUAUGUCGCUAAUGUGCAUAUUUCAUAUUUUAAUAACAAACAUUCAGAAUAUAAUUUCUACAAAUAUUUCUGCAAAUAUUGAGAAAUACUUUAUAAUUUCCAAUUAAUAUUUUUACAUUAUAAUUUCCAAUUAAUAUUUUUAAUGCAUAUUCAAGCUUCUUUAUAAUUAUUUUCUAGAAAAAUAGCAGUGUUUUCUAAAUAAACGUACUCUUUGCCCUUCCCUUUCUAAUCAGCUUUAUUUUCAGAAAAUUUUUGUGACCGCGCGCAAUGCGGUCGGUAGAAUCAGUGUUUUAUUGCGCAGUAUUUUAAUAUUUUUCUAAGCAAAAUGGCUUUUAUUAAGAUAGAAUAUCAGUUCAUUUAAAUUAUAAUUCGUGAAUUUAGAGUCAGUAAGUCCGCCGAUUGUUACUUAAACGCGCAUUGUCUUGUUUUUCUUUUUUUAUAUUUUUUCUUAUUCAACAUUCGUUUUCGGUAUAUUAGAAUCAGUGCUCAAGAGGAUAAGGUCUCUUCAAGAGAUCAAGAUUGUAAAUAAUUUUAUAUAUUGUACUUCAAUUUGCUCAAUUUUUCAAAUCCGACAAAGUAUGUAACGUUUGAUGUUUUGUUAUAGAUGUUUCGCAGUAUCAACUUUUCUGGAAAAUCCAACGGUGGCUCCAAUGCCAAGAAUGUAAGAAUUUUUUUAUUAUCUUCAACCUAAGAUUCUGUUUUGGUUUUAAAUAUAAAUUCUAACUCUGUUUUAUGUUUUGUUACAGAUUUUCUAUAGUUUCCAGUUUUCCUUAUCUUCUGAGAAUCUUACUUCAAGAGCUAAAAAUGUAAGUACUUUAACACAUUGCAUUUGAAUUAAUUCUAUUCUUUAUAGUUCUCUUUCCAUUGAAGUUGAAUGUAAAAUUAUACCUAUAAAAUAAAAACAUUUCAAAUUAUUAAAAGCUCAAUUUUUAUUAUUAUUAAAAUUUAAAUAACAUUGUGUUUUUAGAAAUUUGUCACGGCAUUCACUUCUACCAUGGAAUUCUCAGUGGUAUCUUCUUGAUGAGGAUCUUCACGACGACUUUCUUUGGUCCAGUGCAGCAUCGAUAAUAAUGUUUAUCGCAGUGAGUCGCAUGCAUUUUUGUUCCUCCGGUCACUCAAUCAUGUCGUAGGAUGAAAGGUCCGAAUCGGCACGAGUGACUGGUUGUAUACGAGAAUUUUUGAUGAGCAUAGUGACCACGGAUAUUUUUUAUACCCAUGAGUAGAUUUUUUCAGAUUUUUUUAUGUAUUAGAUCAGGAUAGGGCUUCUUGCACAUCGUGAUUUUAACAAUUAG